CAAAUGUACCGCUAGCGCUCUAGAAGCCCACGGAUCAUGUAGAGUUGGAAUGCUGUGCAAAAGAGAAAGAAUCUUUGCCUUUGAUUUCUAAACACCAUGAACACUCUCAACUGCAGAUGUACUGAGGCACAACUAUGGUCACUCUUUUGAGAGGAAUCGCUGGACUACAGGCAUGUGACAGCCGCUAAGGUGGAGGUGGCUGGGUGAAAGAUGACUUUACUGGCAGGGGAUGGUUCUGAUUACGACUACAGUGCUCUAAGUUGCACCUCUGACACCUCUCUGAACCCUCCACCAAUCCAGGAGCAAGAGGCCCUAAAGGGCGUCUAUUAUAAACGUGCACAACGACUUCCUCCGACUGACCCCAACACUGCCACUGAUGCAGCUCAUCCUGACGGCAUCCUGCCGUCAAGCGCCCAGCGGCUGCAUGUCAUCAUCAACGUUGGCGGCCUCCGGUACCAGCUUCCCUGGACCACUCUGGAGGACUUUCCUCUCUCACGGCUGGGCCAGUUGCGCCUAUGCAGCAGCUUUGACGACAUCAUGCGGGUAUGCGACGACUACGACGUCGUCCACAAUGAGUUCUUCUUUGAUCGCAGUCCCUGUGCCUUUCGGACCAUCCUUACCUUCCUGCGUGCCGGAAAACUGCGUUCUCUGCGUGAAAUGUGUGCCCUGUCCUUCCAAGAAGAGCUGCUUUACUGGGGUGUUCCGGAAGAAAGCUUGGAAUGGUGUUGCCGUCGACGCAUCCUGCAGCGCGUGGAGGAGUGUGAUGAGCUAGAGCGGGAGGCAGAAGAGGAUGAGGAGGAAGGGGAUGAUAGUGAAACUGGCUUGGCCAGGGAGUCCCGGCUCACCCGCUGUAUGGGAAAACUAAGAGACAUGGUGGAGAAGCCUCACUCUGGCCUGCCAGGAAAGAUCUUCGCCUGCCUGUCAGUCCUGUUUGUCACUAUUACAGCUGUCAACCUAUCCAUAAGCACCAUGCCUGCUAUGAGAGAGGAAGAGGAGACCGGAAAAUGCUCUCAGAUGUGCUACAACAUCUUCAUAGUUGAGACGGUGUGUGUGGCCUGGUUCUCGCUGGAGUUCACGCUGCGCUUCAUCCAAGACCGCAGCAAACUGGCCUUCCUUCGGCAACCCCUCAACCUGAUCGAUGUCAUUGCCAUCCUGCCCUACUACAUCACACUAGUGGUGGACAGCACCUCCACAGGGGAGAAACGUCUGGGCUCGGGAAGCAGUUACCUGGACAAAGUGGGCCUCGUGCUGCGCGUGCUGCGUGCGCUGCGCAUCCUGUACGUGAUGCGCCUCGCGCGGCAUUCUCUCGGACUCCAGACACUUGGUUUGACCGCGCGCAGGUGUACGCGCGAGUUCGGCUUGCUACUUCUCUUCCUUUGCGUUGCUAUAGCGCUUUUCUCACCGCUGCUCUACCUGAUUGAGAACGAGGCUGCGGCCACGCAAGAGUUCAGUAGCAUACCUGCAACGUAUUGGUGGGCUGUUAUCACCAUGACAACUGUCGGUUAUGGCGACAUGGUGCCGCGCAGCAUCCCCGGACAGAUGGUCGCGCUCAGCAGCAUCCUCAGCGGGAUUUUACUCAUGGCGUUCCCCGUCACCUCUAUCUUCCACACGUUCUCACGGUCCUACGUGGAGCUCAAACAGGAGCAGCAGCGACUGCUGCAGCGGAGAACUCACUUUCUACUGCGCAGCCGCAUUGCGGGUCUCGGCAGCAAUCUGUCGUUGGAGAGUGACGUGCUCUUCCCUAGUGUCUCGUCCGACCACAGAAACCGAGAGGAAUAAUAAAGUAACAGUGUGUUGUUCACAAAACUAUGAUCCAAAUCCACAGAGAACGCAAAUGGACAUGGAAUAAUAAGCAGCUGUUUUGAUCUCUUGAAUGUUUGUUUACAUAUUGUCCGUCAACAGUCCAUUUAAAAGAUUUUUAGUGCUCAAUUUCACUCCUGGUGAUCUACCUCCCAGCAGAGUAUCGCAGGCCCUUCAUUUAUUCAUGUGCUGGAUAUAAAUGACAGUUAUCUACAAUUCAGUUUUCACUAGUUAAAAUGCUUAUUCUUGAUAUCAAGAGCGAAGAUUUGUCUUGAACACUGAGGGUUGCAGUGUGAAGCAUUUACCUAUGUUUCCAUUGAUCAUGGUAUAAAUAAUGGGGAGGGGGCUUGAUUUCAGCAAUUAUGUUGGCUUGACGAAGCCGACAUACUGUCAUUCUACAGAAUUUAUAGGGUUUUUCCAAAUUUCCAAAAUAAGACCAAAAUUAUCAAUUGUAACUCCUUCUAUAGCUUACAAGCUACAUCCACUAAACUUGUCGCAGACCUUCAGACUGUUCUGACUCAUGUUGUUAUAUCUUUUCAAACGGAAUAACUAUUUUCGAAACAUUCCAUAGACUUACAUUGACAGAAUUUUUAAACAGGCCGACGGAAUGCUCGUUAAUUGAAACUCCAGCUGUCAAAAAAUUCAAAUGUAAACAAACCCACCCAAGGCCUGCCAUAUCAUGGCUUUGAGUUACAAUACAAAAUCUAUCCAUCGAUCUAUCUUUAUGAAGGUCUACUUGACUAUCUAUCUAUCUUUUUAGAGCCAACAUCAAAGUUUGUCUUGAAAAACUUUACCUAUCUACUAAAAUGUCAAUUCUUGUUACUGGAAAAUGGCGUCAUUAUUCAAAAAUGGAAUUUCAACUAGUUAAAAACAUAAUUAAAGAUAUCUGUAACUGCAUUUUCACUAGUAGAGUUUCACAAUGGUCUAUAAUUCACUCCUGUUAAAAAAAUUUAACGUAAUUAAAGAUGUGUAAUACAUUUCUUACUAGUAAAAAAACUCCAAAUACAUAACGUCAGCGACAUACUUCUUACUAGUAAAAAUAUACAUUUUUAGACAUCAAUAGUUACAUUGUUACUUGUACAGAUGUACAUUCCUGAAAUCAGUACUUCAGUUAAAACUAGUAAAAAUGCUAAUUUUGACUCGGUUUUCACUAGUGGCAAUGUUAAUUUCAGAUAUGUUUAAUGGGAUUGUAACAACUGUAGUAAGAAAGCCUUAAGAUAUAUUUAAUUCCUCAUCUGAAAUCCAUUUCCAGACAUCUGAAAUUCCUGAACAUUUUUACUAGUUGUAAUUAAAUUGUUGAUAUUUAAUUGAGUUGGACUAGCAACAAUGCAGUUAUUGGUAUCAAAAAUGAUCAUUUUUACUAGUAAGGAGUACAUUGCUGUGAAAAUUGUGUAUAUCACUACAUCGCUAUGUGAAAUUGGAAUUUCAACUUUUAUACUUUUAUUAUAGAUAUCUGUAAUUGCGUUUUGAACAGGAAUGACAGAUGAUUGUAAAUGUUUACUAGUGAAUUGCAGUUACAGAUAUCAAAAUGUAUGGCUUUUACUAGCUGAAAUAAAUUCUAAUGAAAUCCAUAAUUACUGAUAUACAAAAUUAGCAUUUUCACUAGCAGUUAUUCCACUGCUGAUUUCAAGAAUUUGCAUUUUAAGUAGUCAAAUUGGCUUGUAGAAAUCUAUAAUUAAUUUCCUGCACAUGAUUAAUUGUCAAAAGGGCUUGUGAUAGCAGAGUUUACUUCCAAAUCUUAUAAAACAUAUCUGACCAAAUCUGACCUAGCUAAUCAAGGUCUUUGGGUUCACUUGAAAAUGUAUCUAAGAGCAGCUCUGCUGGAAGAUACAUCUCCAUUACUGAGAACCUGAAUUAAUUCAUCAAGCUCAGCUAUUUUUUUCUGUUCAGAUAACUGCUUAGAAUGCUUCUUCAACAGGAAAUUAGCUCUGAGAAGAUGACUUGUUUUACAUAUUGUUUUCAUUCGUUUCACGUCCACUUUGUUGAAUCUGAACAUGUAUUUUCAGUACUCUAGUACUGCAUGAGUAUCUUCCAUUUGUGUAUAUUUAUUAAUAACACACAAAAAUCACAUCACACACUCACAUAUAACCCAAGUUUAGUAUUCAUUUUUGUGUUGCUGGUAUGUGCUGAAAUUUAAAAUUCAAAUCUAUAUCUACUGGUAUCACUCCAUAUAAUUCUGUAUAUCAGGUCAUCCUAAUUGCUAAGAAAACAUCUGUCAUGAACAUAUAUCAGCAUUUCCCUAUUUAGGUCAUGCAAUCACAAGUGUGUUGUCACACAUUUUUAUUUGUAUUUUAUUUUUAAAUAAUAAUGAUAAUAAUAAAAAAAAAAUCACACAUAACAUAAUAAAUCUUAUUUGAUUUGACUUGGUCCAGACUUUUUUGUGAUGUCCUUCUUUCUCACAACUAAUCAGCAUUGAAUACAUUGUUGAUUGAUGAUUUAAGAUAAUGUUCUUUAACACUAAUCUCUGUCUGGAAUAAAAGUCAUGACACAAGUUCCUAGAUAAACUAUAAGCCUCUUCUCCCACGAGGGGGCACCAAUGCCAAAUUUGUAACUACAGAAGGGAUGGGCCCGAAUUUACACUAAAACAAACAUAUAAUGUGAAGAUGGAAGAAGGUUUGCAGUUUAGUAGGAGGAAAACAGGAAUUGGCCUCAAGGUAUAGUCUUUGGUAUGUGUAUGUCUGUGUUGAUGUGCCCUGGAAACCUGAUGAGACUUAUCAUAAGAUGAUGGGUCACAGAAAAUGGCAAGCUGAAGAGAAGCACUGUUGCAGUAUAAGGGGAAUCCACUGUUCCUAGUUCAAUAGACCCAAAUAUUUAAUGAGGAAUGUGCAUCAUAUGUCAGGAUACCCCUUCUUUAUGAAGAUACUUUCAAAGCUUUCGUACAUAAUUACUAGAGUUAUAGUUGUUACUAUAGUUGUUGAAAAC